AUGGCUACUCUUCUGUUUACAGUCACGACAUCAAACACCUCAACUAGCUCAGGGGAAUCAUCUACGGAAAAUUCAUGGUGCCAGAGUAACUGGGUCUUGAAUCGUGAAGGAUGUUGUAUAAGGACUGCAGAAGGCAAAGGAAGAGGUGUUUAUGCAUCUCGCAUUAUACCACCCCAGACCGUGAUCGAAGUUAGCCCUGUCCUUCUUUUCACCAGAACUGAGUACAAUGACUAUGGGAGACAUACGAUCCUGGACCAUUAUGUAUAUAAAUGGCGAGAUGGACGAAUGGCUCUCGCCCUUGGGCUCGGCUCCAUUUUCAAUCAUUCCAGCCAUCCAAAUGUGUCAUACACGAUCGAUCCCGCCCAUCAGUGUAUCAGAUACACGUCUACAAGGACAAUCAACCCCGAGGAAGAGAUGUGUAUCUUCUACGGCCAAAACCUCUGGUUUGAUCCUGUGGGCACUACAGAAAAUUUGGAACCUCAAGUCUAUCUCGACCAGAGUGACCAGUCCGAAUUUCUCGACAUUCUAGCCAUCGAUAUUGAAGUGGUUGAGGUUGAACCAUGGGACACUAGCGGUGACCCGCACGAUAUCCUGGAAGGCGAGGCUCUUCCUUUCAUUUGGAAGAAGCUCCAAAUAGAUGAAGAAGAGGAGUCGAUGGAAGAUAUCAGGACAAUGCAAGCCUGGGCGGUUGACAUCUCGAACUCGAAAUACAUAGCGACAAUGUUAAAAUGGCUGAAACAGUCGGGCCUCGAGAGCGAUACUCUAUCACAUCUCAAACGCAUCAGGAAAAGAGACAGUAUCUCUACGCUCCUGCUCAGCGUCUCGUCCUCUGUUCCUUUACUUCCUACGAACAUUGAUAUCGGAGAUCCCUAUCAGAUUUCUGUCCCCUGCAAUCCCGCUUUAACACAAACAUCACUUAUCUUAAAAAAUACGUUGUGGCCUACUGUAUACGCACCACGGCGAAAAUGGGAACCCGAGAAAUGGUCUAUUGCUAAAGUUCAAUGGGCUCGUGAUGCCAUCAAUCACAUUUUACGAAAUACUGCUGAGACAGCGUCAAGUGACGAGCUUCCGGUCGUUGCAUACGUGCCUAAGCCCUUCGAAGACGAAGCUCUAUUGUCUCGGUCAUUUACAGCCAAAGACACGCGUAUAUCCACUGGGCAUCCUUUGCGCCAUGCUGCAAUGAACAUCAUUCGAAACGUAGCCGAUUGGCGUGCACAAACGACCCCCGCCGAUCUUCUAUCUGACCCCCUAAAGCCCGCUACUUCCCCUUCCAACGGCAGCCUUGGAAUCUCAGACACAUCGUCCAACGGCGUAAAUUACCUGCUAACUGGGCUUACGCUCUUCAUAACUCACGAACCGUGCAUCAUGUGCAGCAUGGCACUGCUGCAUUCGCGCGUCAAAGAGGUUUUCUACAUUGUCCCCAUGCCACAGACAGGAGGAUGCGGUGGAUCUGCAUGUCUGCCUGCGCUCAAGGGUGUUAACCACCGCUACAGCAUUGCACACUGGAGACAAAAAGAAGGCAACGCCCCGGCACAUAUCGAUGAGCAGAUAGAUGCAUAA